AACCUUCUCUCGCUCUCUCUCCUCCAGGCUGGCAAGAAGGACAAGAGUGAUGCUCUGAACACCGCCAUCGACAGGAUGACCAAGAAGACUAGGGACCUUCGCAGACAGCUGCGUAAGGCGGUCAUGGAUCACGUCUCGGAUUCGUUCCUGGAGACCAACGUUCCUCUGCUGGUUCUGAUCGAAGCGGCGAAGAACGGGAACGAGAAGGAGGUGAAGGAAUACGCCCAGGUGUUCCGCGAGCACGCCAACAAGCUCAUCGAGGUGGCCAACCUGGCCUGCUCCAUCUCUAAUAAUGAAGAGGGAGUCAAGCUGGUUCGUAUGGCUGCAUCCCAGCUGGAGACACUCUGCCCCCAGGUCUGGAUCAGGAUUGUCAUCGUCUAUCCAUGGCGGGCUCUGCAGAUGAAGUACGUUCGCGGGUGCCGCGACAUGACGCUCACCCUGGAUCUCUCCCUUAGACCCCCGCCGCCUCGCUCUCGCCUGCUCACACGCCGCGCCCGUGUUCGCUGUCUGGACAAGCAUCGACACUUCCUCUGUGUGUCUGAGAACCACAUUCUGGAGGAUGUCAACAAGUGUGUGAUAGCGCUGCAGGAGAAGGAUGUGGACGGGUUGGAUCGUACGGCCGGCGCCAUCCGUGGCCGCGCUGCCAGGGUGGUCCAUGUGGUCACAUGUGAGAUGGACAACUAUGAGCCUGGAGUCUACACAGAGAAGGUUCUCGAGGCCACCAAGCUACUCACUAACACAGUCAUGCCCAGGUUCACAGAGCAGGUGGAGGCAGCGGUAGAGGCUCUGAGUGCCAACCCCACCCUCCCCGUUGACGAGAACGAGUUCAUCGACGCCUCUCGUCUGGUCUACGAUGGAGUCCGCGACAUCCGUAAGGCCGUGCUGAUGAUCAGGGUGAGUGUACACACUAGACACUACGUAGUGCACUAUAUUUAAUGAGUCCUAACUCUC